AGAUGUGUUGUGUUGACUGUGGGAUAAGAAGAGAGUGGGACACCAGAAAACAAAAAAUGGUCAAUGAUUUGCAUUUGUCGGAUCUUCUUCACCUUUCUUCGUUUUCGCUCUCUUAUUCCUUUGUCUCUUCUCUUGUUUCCGAAUCCGCAGUUUCACUGAAUCAGGAUCCAUUUUGGGCUAAAAUUGGUGUUGAAUAUCUAUUUUUCUCUUUAGAGUUCUGUAAUUCGCUAGACAUUGGUCUUUUUACUUGAGGUGGUGAUUGAAUUGAAGUUGCAGCAAGGUCUUCGCGAUCUUUCUUUGCUUGAGGUGAUGGCAUCGGCGGGUGUAGCACCUGCUUCUGGAUUAAGAGAUGGAAAUGCAAGUUCAGUUGCUGUAGAUAGGUUGCCCGAUGAGAUGAAUGGCAUGAAAAUUAGGGAUGAAAGGGAAAUGGAAGCGACUGUGGUGGAUGGAAAUGGGACUGAAACAGGACAUAUAAUUGUUACUACCAUUGGUGGUAAAAAUGGCCAGCCAAAGCAGACAAUAAGCUACAUGGCUGAGCGUGUUGUUGGACAUGGAUCGUUUGGUGUAGUUUUCCAGGCAAAGUGCUUGGAGACAGGUGAAACUGUGGCUAUAAAGAAGGUUCUUCAAGACAAGAGGUACAAGAACCGGGAAUUGCAAACCAUGCGCCUUCUGGACCAUCCCAAUGUUGUUACUUUGAAGCAUUGUUUCUUUUCAACUACUGAAAAAGAUGAGCUUUAUCUUAACUUGGUGCUUGAGUAUGUUCCUGAGACUGUUCAUCGGGUGAUAAGGCACUACAACAAAAUGAAUCAAAGAAUGCCAUUGAUAUAUGUGAAACUCUAUUUUUACCAGAUAUGUAGAGCACUAGCUUAUAUUCACAAUUGUAUUGGAGUGUCUCACAGGGACAUAAAACCUCAAAAUUUACUGGUCAAUCCUCAUACCCACCAGCUGAAACUUUGUGACUUUGGGAGUGCAAAAGUCUUGAUCAAAGGGGAACCAAACAUAUCUUACAUCUGUUCUAGGUAUUAUAGAGCUCCUGAGCUUAUAUUUGGUGCAACUGAGUACACCACGGCCAUUGACAUUUGGUCAGCUGGUUGUGUACUUGGAGAACUAUUGCUUGGCCAGCCUCUCUUUCCUGGUGAGAGUGGGGUAGAUCAGCUUGUUGAAAUUAUCAAGGUUUUAGGUACCCCAACAAGGGAAGAAAUCAGGUGUAUGAAUCCCAACUACACUGAGUUCAAAUUUCCACAAAUUAAAGCUCAUCCAUGGCACAAGAUCUUUCACAAACGUUUGCCUCCUGAAGCUGUGGAUCUUGUCUCAAGGCUACUGCAAUACUCUCCAAAUCUCCGAUGCUCAGCUGUGGAGGCCCUGGUUCAUCCAUUCUUUGAUGAGCUGCGUGAUCCAAAUACUCGCCUACCCAAUGGGCGGUUCCUUCCUCCGCUAUUUAACUUCAAAGCCAAUGAGCUUAAGGGAGUGCCUUUGGAGAUGCUGGUGAAAUUGAUUCCAUCUCAUGCAAGAAAGCAGUGUGCCUUGUUUGGGUCAUAGUGUAGCCUUGUGUAAAUAUUAUCUACUCUGUCUGUAGAAGUGUAUGUAAUCUGCUUCAGGUUGUUAAUACCCCUCACCAUCCAAAUAGUUAUUUUCUGCCUGUAGAAAGCUGUUUGAGAAGAUCCUUCCUUAAAGUUGAUUUCUCUUUAGGAUUUAAUUGGUGCCCUUAUCUUCAAAAUUUAACCGGUCAGGUUUUAUUAAGUAUUAAUUAGAAGAACCAUUGGUUACUCAAAAUGAUAUACUUGAACACUAUCACAAUGUGAUCCGGGGGAGGGGAUGUUCUAAAGCUUGUUUUGAUAUACUCUCGCCUCUCCUCAAUUAUGAGAAAUUUUUCUUUG